CCCCCCUUUCUACUGCCUCUUUUACUCCUAGUUGUCAAUGUCUGCUGUUGUUUCUCAAACAACUACCGUCCUACCAGAGCAUCCGCUUGAAAUUACCUCUCCUGAGGUUAUCCCCAUGAAGGAUGCUGUUUCGGAGCCGGUCGACCCUUCGUUGCAAAAUCCUCCGUUCGUAGAUACACGAGGGCCUCUGGAGAUGCUUCAAAUGGUCGACCGUGAGCAACCUGUGUCGAGGCGGACGCAAAUCCUGCGACAACUAGCUUGUUAUUUGGCGCUUUACAUUUCGGGUUACAAUUGCGGUGUUACAGGGACACUCCUCCCGUCGAUUGAAAGCGUAUACCAUCUUACUUAUUCUUCAGCUGCGCUCCUAUUCGUCGGUUUCUGUAUCGGAUACUUCUUCUCCGCCUUCGGAUCGGGCAAAGCAGUUAAAAGAUGGGGGUUUGGAAGAGUCUUUACGGGAGCUGGUAUCGCAAUGAUGAUAGGCAUUAUUAUCAACUGUUCCCAACUUGUCUCUUUUCCUUUGAUGUGUUUCGCGUUCGUUAUCGUUGGCACCGGAUUCUCAACACAACUCGGAUUGGCCAACUCGUACUUCGCUACUCUAACCAACCCAAUGCUCCGUAUGGGCGUCCUUCACGGAGUUUAUGGGUUCGGUGCCUUUACCAGCCCAUUAAUCGCCUCUAUCUUCAUUUCCCGUGACAUAAGAAUUAACCUUUUCUACCUAACAUGUCUUGGACUGAUUGUACCAUCCAUCAUUAUCUCGUAUUUUUCUUUCGUUCAUGGGUCGGCAAGGUAUGACAGAAUACCGAACGAGCCCAUUAUUAUCGCAGGACAUAGUACGCCGCCGAGAGAUGUGACUUUGAAGGAGGUAGCGUCUAGGAUAGAGGUUUGGAUCAUUGCGAUAUUCUUGCUGUUUUACAUCGGUGCUGAAGAAUCUAUUGGUGGAUGGAUCGUUUCCUACAUGGAAGUCGUCCGCCACGGAAGUGCGGGAGGAGCAGCUUGGGUUGCCUCUGGCUUCUAUCUCGGUAUCGCCAUAGGAAGAGUCUGCCUGCCCUUCAUAAACCUUCUCGUCGGAGAACGCCGUGUAGUCCUUAUGUACAUCAUACUCGCCGGAGGUCUACAAGCUAUUUCUUGGGCGGUAAAGAGCUUCGGUGCAACCGCUUUGGCAACUGCGUUUAUCGGAUUCGCCAUCUCGACCUUCUACACAGCUGCCAUCCACACAGCGGCAAAACUCCUCCCACGUAGGAUGCAUACAUCCGCUAUGACUAUGAUCUCGAGUGUAGGUCAAAGUGGAAGUGCGAUCUUUCCGUUCAUAAUAGGUGUGAUCAGCACCAAAAAGGGAAUAUGGACGGUCCAACCGGCUAUUGUCGCUCUUCUCGCUGGACAGUUCAUUUGUUGGACUCUCGUGCCAAAAGUUGCUAGACGCGAUGAAUAGACACCGACGAUAUGGAAGCAUGAGUAUCGAAGUAAUUGAAUAGACUACACGCCCGAAUGCGAAUAUACACGCUUAGAAUGAAUGGAAGUGAAUGCAUGUAAAUAUGUACGACGGAUCUACUUUCUCAAUUUGAGAAGGUGUCUAUGAAUAGAACGUAAUUGC